GCUUUGCACAAAUGUUAUAUUCUCUCAAUAAUAUGCCUCAAAAGACCUGGGCUCUGUUUUGGCGUGGGUCGCUUUGUAAGAAAAACAUUUUGAUAUCGAUCGACCAGUACUAGAACGAACGUCACUCGCCUAAUUGUGCCAAUACCAUAUGUGGAAAGUGUAGAAUUAAGCAUCACACCUUCAAAAAAUUAUGCAGCACGUAGUAAUUGACUAAACCAUGUUUAUAUAAAUUGUAUGCGGUUUGUUUACGUGUUCAUUGCAAAUGAUUGUGUCCCCGCCUCUAUUGUAUCAUAGAUCAUAUUGUGCAAAAUUUGCUUUUAUUGAUAUGCCGCUUCACAGCAGAAGACGAAGAGUCGCUCCUCUUUUUGUCGUCACAAGAGGAAUUCACAGCGUAGCUGAUUUGGAUAGCAGCAUUGAAGACAGAUUUCAGAAUGAAGAUUACGUUCGCGCCGAUCAUGAUUAUACAGAUGGAAGCAAGAAAGACGAUGAACGGCUGCACUUUGUUAAGAAAAUUCAAGAAGGAUCAUUUGGGUGUCGGGAGAAAUGGGUGGCGUUUGAUAAAAAACAACGACGUAAAGUCAUCCUAGAAAAACUAGAAAAGACUGAGCUUACGACUGCAAGAUCCUGCAGGAUAAAAUCAGAGGAUUUUAGAGAAGCUAUUCUUCAUAGAUGCGCAAGAAAACAUCCAGGGAUUAUUUACUUCAAUGGACUGGUGAAAGACAACCUUUCUCAUAUAUACUUAUCAGUAGAGUACCUUCAAGUAAAAUCUCUUGAAACGUUGAUGAAAUCUAAUGUUGACGAUGGUUUUCGAGUCAACUUUGUCCAAAAAGUGUUUGAGCAACUAGGUGGCGCCAUAGAGCAUCUGCACUGGCUUCAAAUUGUUCACUGUGCUAUUGUCCCAAGCAAUGUUUCAAUCUAUUGUAACUAUACCAUCAAUGAAAAGGAAUCUGAUCGAGAUAAUAACAUUUUAAGGUCCGACUUAUCAGGCCUAAGAGUUAAACUCGGUAACUUCAAACUCUCUCGAACAGUGGGCGACAAAACAAGUUUUUUUCGGGAUAAUUCUUCAAAAUAUGAACAUUUUUGGUUGUUUUCUUCAACCGAAAAUACUUCAAAAGAAAUGGGAAAAAUUUCAGUAGCAUUGGUAUCCCCUUCAGAUACGACAUGUGCCCACAAAAUGCUUCUACUGGAUGACACAGCGAAGCCAAGUUUCGACGUUUGGUGCUUCGGUGCUAUGUUGUUUCUGUGUCUCACCGGCCUGUUUCACUGGAAUUGUCAAUGCAACAAUGCUGUAAUUCGGUCUGAAAACACCAAGAACAGAAAAAAUAUAGAACUACAAAAUUCACAAUAUUUAUGCACAAAGCAUGAGUAUCUCAAAUCGUCGCGGCACGUGGGAAGGCAAUUUGACAAAACCAGGAACGGACGUGGUGCCUGGAAAUCGUUAACGUCACCUUUCUCGAAGCUAAUGGAAACAAUUUUGUCACCUAUGCCUGAUGACCGGCCAACUAUUCACAAUGUAUUGCGCCAUCCUGCGUUCGCUUCGAAAAGAAAAUGGAUGAAAACCUGAAUAAAAAAAAUAAAUAAAGAGCAGAAAAACACGACCUACUCUAGUUAUUGUUAUCGGUGAACUUCUCAUAUAUAAAAUAUAUUCUGAGACAGCAGUAUUCUGUAAAAGUAUUGAUUUCCCCGUUCUGAAGAACUUUGUCGACUUGUCAAGACAGUGUCACUCGGUGUUUUAUUAAUAUUGAAUUGUAGUUAGAAUGUUCAUGCUAUUGUUGCAGACAAUCGCACAUUCGCAAUACAUUUGUUGACUCAAA